AUGCUUGGAAAAGUUCCUUUCAUCGGAUUCCACCAUGUACUAAUGUUCUUCAUUGCGUGCUCUAUUAUAUUGAUAUCUCUUCUCAUGGCUGGUUGCACCAGUGCCCCGCUAUCUAACGUCUACCUCCUUUCCCUAUCCUACAUAGAUCAACUGUCACCCUCUCACAAUGACUCGUCGAAAAUCAACCAAAAUGUUUCAACUAUGUUUUUUGACCUUGUGAGUCGAGGAGGUUUGAACGCUUCAACCGCAGUGGAGGUUCGCGUUGGCUUUUUGGGGUUCUGCCUGAGAGACCCUUCAGGCAUUUGGGUAUGCGCCAAAAGUGCUACAUCGCUGGCGAAGUUUGUCAGAGAAUCUGGAUCUUUUGAUGUGGAUCCUUUGAACGUGAUAUGGAUUGCGAAAGAAUUCCAGAAACAGUCUUUGUUUAGUGGAUUAUGGAUUUCCUCGAUUCCACUCAUACUUGUGUGUUUUAUUAUUCUUUUCACGUUCCCAGGGUGGCAUGAUGAAGAGGAUUCAGCCGGUAUGGAAAUUGAAGUGAGGCCAUUUCCCUCAAGGCGGUUGUCGAAUUGGGCAUUGAUUCUCGUUGCUUUAGCCUCGUUUCUCAGCUUUGUGUCAGCAUUCUGGCAGCAUAUCUCUAGUGCAACGGGAGCAUCAAUGGUACGCAGCCUCUCCUAUGGAACAAUCAGAACUGUUGUCGGUCCAGCUGCGAUGGCUUUGGCAUGGGGCAGUGUAUUUUUCUUGUUUCUUACGACCUUUGGACUCCUAAUUAUGAUAAUGAGUAUCAAAGUGUUGGCGGAGACAUUCGGUUGA